AUCUAUCUAUCUAAUAUGCUACAAAAGACUUCGUGUGUAAACGCAGUUUUAAUAAGAAUUGCGGCAACAAAAAACUUCGAGUUUGAACCGAACUAAAUAAAUUUAAAAAUUUUUGAUAUCGAAAACGGUGGCAAUAGUGAUUUUGUGAUUCAUUGAACUAUUAAACAUUGAUAUUAUUUGUUCAUUGAUAUUUGCUUGGCCGUGGUGAGUGGUGUUUUAAAGUGAAGUUAUAUUAAUUAUUGGAGAACAAGUUUUUACUUUACAAUGCCGCAUUUAAUAAAGGAUUCGAAUGAUUUGAAGAAUCAACUUAAAGAAGCUGGAGCUAAGUUAGUUGUAAUUGAUUUUUUUGCAACUUGGUGUGGGCCAUGUAAAAUUAUCGCUCCUCGGCUGGAGGAAUUGGCAAAAGAGUUCGAAGGAAGAGUCGUUGUAUUAAAGGUUGAUGUGGAUGAAUGCGAAGACAUUGCUAUGGAGUACAACGUCUCUAGCAUGCCAACUUUUGUAUUUAUUAAAGGAAGUCAACAGAUAUAUUCCUUUGCAGGGGCAAAUGCCGAAAAAUUAGCGGAUUACGUAGAGAAGAAUGCAUAAAUUUAAAUUCGAAUUAAUUGUAUAUAAUUUUUUAAUGCUGUAAAGUUUCUUAAACCUUAUGCUGUAAAGUUUCCAAUCUUCAUUUUGAACAAUAAAAAAUAGUAGUCGUUUGAGAUCAUAUUCUAAAUAAAAUUGGAUGUAGAAACGUUUUCACUGUA